ACUGAUUACAAGUAGUAGAAGAAGUGACGUCAAGGCCUUCGGAUCGUAGGAAAAAACAAAGAUAUUUUAUGAGCCGGAGUCAUAAAAAUCAACAAUUACAAAUUUUACAAUGUUUUCCAGUCAGAAUAGGAGGUGAAGUAACUUCAAUCACCGAAGAAUCCAAUGUUAGCUAGCCAGCCAUCUUCACUUCCGUCAUGAAUUUAAGAGGACUAUUUCAGGACUUCAAUCCGAGUAAAUUCCUGAUCUACUCUUGCCUGCUGCUUUUCUCCGUGUUGCUGUCCUUGAGGCUGGAUCACGUCAUCCAGUGGAGCUACUGGGCUGUGUUUACACCAAUAUGGUUGUGGAAGCUGUUGGUGAUCGUCGGAGCCUCUGUAGGCACUGGAGUGUGGGCCCACAACCCUAAGUACAGGGCUGAAGGGGAGACAUGUGUGGAGUUCAAGGCAAUGCUGAUAGCAGUUGGGCUCCAUGUCUUGCUGCUGAUGUUUGAAGUGUUGGUGUGUGAUCGCAUUGCCAGAGGAAACUAUUUCUGGCUGCUGGUCUUCAUGCCUCUCUUCUUUGUUUCGCCGGUUUCUGUCGCAGCGUGUGUUUGGGGAUUUAGACAUGAUCGCUCCCUUGAACUGGAGGUGUUGUGUUCUGUGAAUAUACUGCAGUUCAUCUUCAUUGCUCUCAGGUUGGACGAUAUUAUCAAGUGGCCCUGGCUGGUUGUGUGCGUCCCACUGUGGAUCCUAAUGUCCUUCCUCUGCCUUGUUGUCCUCUAUUACAUCAUCUGGUCAGUCCUCUUCCUCCGCUCCAUUGACAUCAUUGCUGAGCAGAGGCGGACUCACAUCACCAUGGCAAUCAGCUGGAUGACCAUUGUCGUCCCACUUCUCACGUUUGAGAUUCUUCUUGUGCACAAGCUGGAUGGCCACAACAGUCUGAGCUAUGUUUGUGUGUUUGUCCCUUUGUGGCUUUCUCUCCUCACUCUCAUGGCCACCACCUUUGGUCAGAAAGGAGGAAACCACUGGUGGUUUGGCAUCCGCAAAGACUUCUGCCACUUUUUGUUGGAGUUGCUUCCAUUCCUGAGAGAGUAUGGCAAUGUCUCCUAUGACUUUCAACACGGUGGAGAUUCUGAGGUGGCUGAGGAUCUGCCAGUACCUGAGCCCCCACCGAAGAUAGCUCCCAUGUUCCACAAGAAGACAGGUGUGGUGAUCACACAGAGCCCCGGGAAAUACUUUGUCCCGCCACCCAAACUGUGCAUUGACCUGCCUGACUAACAGUAAGAGCUGAAGCAGUUGCUGGUCAGAGAACUCGGACUCCCAACUCAAAACAGCAAAAUACUUUUUUUUUUUCCAACCUGCUGUCUUAAAGAAUUCAAUUUGCGCCCCUGCACUGAGCAGCAGCGUGACCUGCAAGAGUAAAGCUUCAGAUUCAUCACUUCAACGUCUCCAGCUGUUCUAAGACUCCUCCUAAAAUUGUCCAACUUGUAUAAAACAGAUUGUUUUCACUACUUGGUGGAGUCACACUGUGUUCCUCACUCACAUUUGGAUCUUUUCUGAAGAUGUACUCUUAUACCACAGAAAUAUCUCAGAUUCUCUUCAAUCUACAGCUAAAGUCGGGGAUGAUCCUAACCACAAACAGCAGGCGUGACCUUGUGAUGUUCUUUAGUGAAAUCUCAGAAUUUGUAACGGGGGACCAUUGGAGAAGACUGCUUUAGUCGUGUGAUUACUUUACUAUUAUAUGUGAUUUCAGUUUUGCUCCUGAAGGCAGAGAAACCAUGUUUGAAGUUAAAGGAAAUACUGUUUAUUUUUUAAAUUCCCUUGAGAGAUGGCUAAUAUUGUGUUUAUUGUAAACAGUUGUGAGCUUUCGGCAGCCUUGGUUUCUAAAGAGAAAAGGUCUUUUGUUUUUUCAAAAUUAAGUACUUUUAGUCAAUUUUCCUGUGCGUUUUUAGGGUAAUUCUUUAUUGGCAGAUCUGCACCGAACGAAAGUAAAAAUAAAAGAAGCACUUGAUGCUUCGAAGAUGCUUGGAA